GUCCAGUGUGUUGUGAAUGUUGCUGUAUUCUGGCUAAAUGCGGAGCUGUACCGUAGGGCGUAGGCUAACUUUAAUUUCUCUUUGAGUCGCUUCGUGUUAAAAUAUUUAAAUGACAUCUUUUGGUAACUGGCAGCUGUCAUCUAGUGACAGCGAAGAUGAGAAAGCAACGAACGGAGUUCUGUUGAAAGUGAAGAAGAAGAGGAAAAAAUACAGCACAAACAAUAAUGUUGAAUCAAACAUGAGUGAUGAAGAAUAUGUUCCGCUAUCAGCGAGAUUAAAAAUGAAGGGCUCGAAUUCAAUUGAAAUUUCUGAAGAAGAGGAAGACCUGCCGGUUUUUAAAAUACAGAACAACACAUCAACAGCAGCAUUAACAAACAAAGAAAAUGUUACCUCAAUUAUAAACUCAAAUGUUCAGCAGGGUAUUGGAGUUAAAAUUUCACCUUGUAAAAUGAACAUUGAAACAUUGGAUCUCACAAUUAGUGAUGAUGAAAUGGGAUCUCUAAAUUCAUUUCCUAACUCUAUGCAGGAUAUCAGGAAAAAAAAUUCUCCUGUUAAAAGUAAAAUGAACAUUGAAACAUUAGACCUUACAAAUGCUGAUGAUGCUAGUUAUCUGGAACCCGUUCCUAACGCUAUACAACGAAAAUCCCCCAGAAAAAACCCUGAAUCAGAAAAAGCAAAAAUUGCUAAAAAAGCAGAAGCUGAUCGAAGAAAAGCACUGAAUUUACAUCUAAAAGCACUGAAACCAGAGGAAUGCCUGAAAUACAUGAAAGUUUUAGUCUCACAAUUGAUUGUGUCGAUGUUCGAAGAUUUUGACUUCAUGUCUGAAUUGAAGGAUGGAUUUGAACCGGCUUGCCAGAGAGAAUUAUUUGACCUUCCCUGUGUUCGAUGGAGCAGAAAGGUUACCACAACAGAGGUUGGGGGUCAAUCAUCAGAAAUACAUGAUGAACCUGAGAUGUUGGUGGCACUCCCAGCUUCAGAGUUUGUUAAAAUGGUCCAUGCACAAAUUAACGCAUUUUCUAAUGAUGAAACCUUGACAAAGUGGGUUAAAAAGCUGCAAAUUGAGAAUCCAGGGAUCAACAUUCAUCUGGUCUGCCAUGGUUUGGAAAAAUAUAAUAAGAAUUUGAAAAAUAAACAGAGAAGAGAGGAGAAAAGGCAAGAAAAAGGCACAACUGCAAAGAGGAAAAAAACGUUAAGUGUACCAGAAGUCUCUCAAGAUGAAAUUGAAGAAGUUUUGGUUGACUUACAGAUUGAAUGUCGAACAACUGUGCUUUAUAUUGAGAAACCCACAGAGCUAGUCACCAUGGUUAAACAGCUCACAAAGUCGAUCGGUGAGGCACCUUACAAACGAAUGAAGCGUAAUGAUGUUCUCUUUAUUAAUGAAAUUCCUUCUGUAAAAAUCAACCCCAAAACUGGAGAGGGAUUGAAAAAAGUCUGGAAGCAAAUGAUGCAACAGUUUCAUAAUGUAACUCCAGUCAUGGCUACAGCAAUCUCAGACCGUUACCCUUCAUUGCUCUCUCUUAUCAAAGCUUAUGAAUCGUGCGGAAAUGAUACUUCAAAAGCGGAAAUGUUGCUUGCAGAUAUCCCUGUACGAAGGGGUGUCGGAACUUUACAAACAAGUCGGCGGAUAGGAGCUGAACUUUCGUAUAAAAUUUAUCGAUUGCUAAUGUCACGGAUAUCUACAGAACGACUGUAUUGAUCAUCCGAUUUUAAGCCAGAGAAAAAUGAGUUGUAAUUGACCACUGUAGAGCUAUGAGCUUCUGAUAAUGGGAUUCCAAAUUUUUGUGUGUGUACCAGGUUGGGGUUAGGUCAUUAUUUUAUUCCCAUUUUAGUUCUAUUACGAGUUCUGGUACUGUCUGUGCUCGCCAAGUGAAUACACCCCCUGUCCAUAGGUUCCACUUACUACACAACUUGAUGUGAAGUAGUCGAACAAUAUUAGUUACCUCCAUAUCGGUACACCCACUUCUGGAGCGGCCAAAUUUUUUUGAACAAUUUUGGCAGGUUCCAUCAUUUAUAGCUCUAAAAAUCAAGAUGGGGUUUGGUGAUUGUCAUAACAUUUUAAAAACAUGUUCGCAGGAACCACGUGAACCCCCUGAAUCCAAUCAUUGGGCUUCUACUCUACAAAUUCUACUCUGAGCCUUAAAAACUCCAAUUCUAGGGUACUUCUGGCACUAGGGAGACAGCAUUUUGACUACUAAAAGCUCACACAACACUAUAUGAGUUGUUAAAAGGGGAGCGUUAUAUGAAGUUACCGAUAACAGAACUGGCAUGGUUGAUUGUGUGGGUCUGAGUGAUGUUUCAAAAUAUUGCUAUUAUUGGUUUACCUCAUUUCUUUAUUGAUUCAUUCGUGAAUACUUUUUUUUGAAGACUGUUGGAUAACUAACUCAUUCUGUUUUCGGAAUCAUAGUUCAGAACCCAUGGGGCUUGUUCGUUGGUGAUGUUACAGCUUCCUUCACCAACCUUGUACUAUGUGUGUAUUACUUGUUCACUACUCAAUUUUACUACUGAAGUAUGUGAACCAAGAUGGCGGACACCGGAACGUAGUAUGUGUACCAUGUUAGGGUUAGGCUGUAAUUUCAAGUAUAAAUACUACGGGAGUCACUUGGCUAGUCCCCGAACCCGUAACAGAACUAAAAUGAGAAAAAUUGGAAUAAAAUUAUGGCCUAACCCUAGUUCCAGUGUCUACCAUCUUGAUUCACAUACCCAAUUUUAUGACCCAUGACUUGGACAAGAGACACACUAUGUUAUUGACUUCUAUUAUUCUUUCCUUUCGGAGAUGAAAUACUUUUUCAUAUUCCUUGUUAUAAUAUCUAAUAUAUAUGUAGAUUUCUUUCUAUAUCCAGUACUAAAUGUAUAUUUUUUCGAACAACUUCUUAUAUUGUUCUGCCAGACAUCACUACCUUAUUCGAACUUGCAACUCAAAAUUGCAGUGUGGUUCAUGCAAGUAUGUCUGUCAUUGGUUCAAGAGGAUGUCCCCCGGGAUAAUUAUGUGAAUCUUAUCCUUAGAAACCACUAAUAAGUAUAUACUUGGGUCGCUAUUUCGGGACCAGAUUUCCUGGAAUUUUUACCAUCUAACCCCGCAUCGAGAGUGUCACCAUUAAGACGAUUCUGAUUGUUUGCAAAAAAAAAAAAGAUCUGAAAAUGCA